UCAUCUAUCCCUCAGUGAAGCACAAGGGAUAUCGUUGUAGUUGUGGAACAACGCUCGUUCUGUCAAGGUAACCAUCGUUGAGUCAGUUUAAAUAGCACAGCUGGAACCCGCACGACGAGUCAUGUCACUGCAGGAACUACUGACGAAGGCGUACAUAGGAGGGUCUUGGAGAGCGGGGCGGGGCGGGACCUUCCCCGUCUACGACCCAGCUACAGGAGAGGAGAUAACCAGAGUGGCGGACUGCACCGUUGAAGACCUCGACGAAGCCAUUGAGGCGGCGUCGGAGGCUUACAGUUCUUGGCGUCACACCACAGUGAAGCAGAGAGCCACACUGCUCCACAAGAUCCAAGUUGCUCUCUUAGACAACAAGGACACCAUCGCCACCACUCUCACCAGAGAAAAUGGUAAGCCCAAAGCUGAGGCAGCGGGAGAGGUGAUGUUCGCAGCAUCGUUCUUCGAGUGGUUCGCUGAGGAAACUCGUCGCCAGUAUGGAGAGACCAUCCCCAGCGCUGCGGCAACCAAACGCAUGAUCACCGUCAGACAACCUGUUGGCGUAGCCGCUGUCAUCACCCCGUGGAACUUCCCCAUCGCCAUGCUCGCCAGGAAGGUGUCGGCUGCCCUGGCCGCCGGCUGCACCUGCGUCAUCAAGCCUGCAGAAGACACACCCCUGGUCGCCCUGGCCUUCGCCAAGGUGUGUGAGAGUGUGGGCGUGCCGGUGGGCGUGGUCAACGUGGUACCGUGCUCGCGUGGGCGUGUACAGCAAAUAGGAAGUCGUCUGUGUGAAUCACCCAAGGUCCACAUCCUCUUCACCGGAUCAACCGCAGUAGGAAAGUGGCUGUACUCGCGCUGCGGGUCCACCUUGAAGAAGGUGUCGCUAGAGCUGGGAGGAGAUGCUCCCUUUAUCGUCUUCCCCAGUGCCAACAUGGACACUGCCAUCGCUGGCACCAUGGUCUGCAAGUUCCGCAAUACCGGACAGACUUGCGUCACGGCCAAUCGUAUCUUCGUCCACGAGAGUGUCUACGAGGAAUUCGUGUCACGCCUGGCCAAGACCAUGGACUCUGAACUCAAGGUGGGGAACGGUCUCGACCUCGGCGUCAACCAAGGCCCUAUAAUCAACCAGCGACAGCUUGAACGACUGGAUAAGAUGGUGAGGGAGACGGUGUCAGCUGGGGCGCAGGUGGUACGGGGCGGGGCUAGUCAAGGAGGUCUCUACUACGCCCCAACACUGCUCACCGGCGUCACCCCUGAUAUGGCCCUGGCCAAGAACGAGAUAUUUGGCCCUGUGGCUCCCAUUAUCAAGUUCAGCACGGAGGAGGAGGUGGUCAGUCUGGCCAACACCACGGACAGGGGACUGGCAGGUUACUUCUACUCGAACGACCUGAGUCAGGUGUGGAGGGUGGCGGAGGCUCUGGAGGUGGGCAUGGUGGGUGUGAACGAGGGACUGCUGUCCACCUGUGAGGCUCCCUUCGGAGGCUUCAAACACUCAGGUCUCGGCAAGGAGGGUUCUAAACACGGCCUCGACGAGUACUCCAACCUCAAGUACAUCUGCUUCGGUGUCUAGUUUCCCAGAGCUCAACUUGGUCAACCUCAGACUUCUUCACUGCUUAAGGUUCAUCGUGAAGACCAUGAAGCUCUACUCUACUCUACUCUACUCUAUCUUUAUUAUUAAAAGCAACACUGUACUGUAGCACUUCGGACGUACCAACGCAAAGUAAAAACAAG